UCAGUCAUUUCAAGUUCUAACCUAAAAACAGAUAGAAGGUUCAUAUUUACGUUUAUUUUUUAUAAAACUUUACAGAACCAUGGGAAAGUUAAACGUUGCUAUCAUGCGUUAUCUCACCCCAGAAGAUUUCCGAGUGCUAACAGCCAUCGAAAUGGGCAUGAAAAACCACGAAUUGGUUCCAGCUGCAAUGGCUGCAUCAAUUGCGAACCUUCAGCAUGGUGGAGUUAAUAAACUCCUUCGUGAAUUAUGUAAACAUAGGCUUCUGAGCUACGAGAGAGGCAAAAGAUACGAUGGGUACCGUCUUACUAAUACAGGUUAUGAUUAUUUGGCUCUUCAUUCAUUAACAAAAAGAAAUGUUAUAUCUUCAUUUGGGAAUCAAAUAGGAGUUGGUAAAGAAAGUAAUAUUUACACAGUAGCUAAUGCUGAAGAGGAAGCGCUUUGUUUGAAGUUACAUAGACUAGGAAGAAUAUGUUUCAGGAAGGUGACUGAAAAGAGAGAUUAUCACAAGCACAGAAAAUCUGCAUCAUGGUUAUAUCUAUCCAGAAUAUCUGCUACGAAAGAAUUUGCAUACAUGAAAGCGUUGUAUGAGAGGAAGUUUCCUGUUCCCAAACCUGUAGAUUUUAACAGACAUUGUGUUGUUAUGGAACUCAUUCAAGGUAGUUUAUUAAAUCAUGUAGCAGAAGUUUCAGAUGUUGAUGCUCUGUAUGACGAUCUUAUGAAUCUAAUAAUUCGUUUUGCUGAUUCCGGAGUAAUUCACGGCGAUUUUAACGAAUUUAAUAUAAUUUUAAACUCUGAAGAAAAACCUAUUAUUAUAGAUUUUCCUCAGAUGAUAUCCACACAACAUCAAAAUGCAGAAUAUUACUUUAACAGAGAUGUCAACUGCGUUAGGGAGUUUUUCAAAAAGAGAUUUGAUUAUGAAAGUGAGUUGUAUCCCACAUUUUCCGAUAUUAAUAGAGAUGAUAAUAUAGAUGCGGAAGUCGUUUGUUCAGGAUUUACAAAAGAAAUGGCUAAAUAUAUUAAUAUAGAGCUUGGUUAUGAAAGCAAUGAAGAUGAUGCAGAUGAUGACGAACAAGAAGAAACUACAGAAGUAAAUAAUGAAGAAUGUAUUGAUACAAAAGAUGUAGAAGUGCCAAGUGAUAUUCCUGAUAAACAUGAUACUAGUAGUAAUUCCACAUUAAAUUAUAUUUUCCAGCAGAUGAAAUUAAAGAAUACAAUGUGUGAUGAAGAUAAAACUAAUGAAGAUGAAGAUGAAUUGAAAUCUUUGUCGGAGCACUCUGAAAAUUCAUUAGACCACUUUGAAUCUAGAAGUAUAUUAUCAACCACAUCAACAAUACCCCCAGAUGAAAUCAAAAAGAGACUAAAAAAACAAAUGGCUGUUCAAAGUAGGAAACAACAAAGUAAGAGGUGCGUCGCUAAAGGAGAAGCAAACGCAGUUACCAGAAGUAGGAGAGAAAAUACAAAUAACAUCAAGCAAAAUCAUGGAAUAUGGGAGGAUUGAGUAUAGGAUGAAGAUUUAAAAAUAUGCAUCUAUUUUUUUUAGGUAUUAAUUAUUAAUAUACUAAAAAAAAUCACUUGUUAC